CCCCCGCCGGAGGGGCGGAGCCGCCGGCGCGGCGCUGCGACAUGGCGGCGCGGGGGCUGCGCGCGCUGCUGGCGGGGAGCCUCCGCCGCCCGCCGCCGCUACCCAGCUGGGCCCGCGGCGGCGGGGCCCGCGCUGCCGGUGGCGGCUCAGAUGCAGGCUCUCUGACUAAACAAGCUGAAAGAACUGUUGCUACAGACUGGAAAAAAAAAUUGACUCCAGAGCAAUUCUAUGUUACAAGACAAAAAGGAACUGAACCGCCUUUCAGUGGAAUCUAUCUGAAUAACACAGAACCGGGAAUAUACUACUGCUUGUGCUGCAAUGCCCCACUGUUCAGUUCAGAAAAGAAGUAUGAUUCUGGGACUGGAUGGCCUUCAUUUUCUGAGGCUUAUGGUACUUGUGGCAGAGAUGAAAGUAAUACCAAUAUCAUGAGACGACCAGAUAACUCACUGGGAUCAACAAGGACUGAAGUCAUCUGCAAACAGUGUGAUGCGCAUCUAGGCCAUGUGUUUGAUGAUGGUCCUGCACCUUCUAGGCAGAGAUUCUGUAUCAACAGUCUUUCAUUAAACUUCAAACGAGGCUCCAGUCGGUAAGAAAUGGAUCUUUGUGGCUUACAGAACUUCCUUUAGCUGUUCAUACAAGAAGCUUGUGAAAAACAAUCAUAUUUUCAAAUAGAACUCAAAUUUGAGUUCCAUAUGCUGUUGGGGUUUUUCUUUCCAGCUGUUAUCAGUGUUGAUAAAAUAUGUAUUUUUGUGGUACAUGUUUGGCAGUCUGCCUUUUCAUGGUUAGUGUGAUGUAAGUGUUGAUGUUUCCUGGUUUUUUUUAAUUAAAAAAAAUCUGUGUGAUAAUCCAUAGAUAGAUUCAUAACUAUCAUCAUAAACUGUAUUGAGAAUGUUGAAGUGAAAUGCUUUCCUGAAGCUGAGUUUGCCUAUGCUGAACUUAAAAUGUUAAAAGACAUUUAGUUGUGACAUGCAGGAAUACAGUUACAUGCAGGAAUACAGUUACACACUGCUGAUCAUGCCAGAGCUUUUACUUCCAUAUAUUGAGUUCAUCAUAUCCUUUUAAAGAGAAGCAAUAAUAACAUGAAUCUCCAAAUCAGCUUUGAGAGGUUUUUUUUUUUUUUUUCUCUGAUGUGAGAGACAUUUGGCCACAUCAGUGACUUUUCUGUGAACCCAUAAAAGCAAAUUCUGAAGUAGGGCCUAAUUAAAACUAUUCCAGGAAAUGGAACCAGUGGAGACAUGGAGUCUUUCUUCUUUUAAAUCAGUGACUUUGAUUCCAUGUCCAAUAGCAGACCUGAAGCAGGGUUUGCUCCAGGAACUUCCUGUCAGAGAAAUAUUAUACCAAUGAAAUGAUCUGUGUAAUAUCUCCAGACUUCUGUUAUCACUUGUGUACUUCAGAAUCUGAAAAGAAAAAUGAAUGUGAAAUCUUCUGUAUUUGGGGGUAAAAACAACAUUAAAAUAUGUUCAAUAAAAUGAUCCUUUUGUUGAAAACAUGCCUGGUCUGUUCUUCUUUGUACAAAUUUGUAAAUACUUUUGUACUGUUCCAAGCAUUGUCACCCUGGUUUGCUGUAACAGGAAAAUAAAUCAUACGUGUGUUAAAUUGA